AUGCAGAAGCUUGCCUUGUGUAAUGACCUGGUUUCGCAUAAACAUGGAUUCACCGGGGAGCUGCCUGAAUGGUUUGGAAAAAACUAUAGGAAAGCUUCAAUCAUUGAAGGUUCUAAAUGUAUCCAAGAAUGGCUUUACUGGAGUCAUGCCCCAUUCCAUGAGCAAUUGCCUAAACCUUCUGGUUUUGGAUUCCUUGACUGGGUAUCUUCCUUCUUGGGUGUUGAAACUGGGCUUACAGCAAAGUUCCAGAAUAAGUUAUUUGGUAAAAUUCCAUCUGCUGCUGGGGACUUUAGCGGGUUGCGGUUAUUGAAUAUGUCAAGAAACUCAUUUUUAGGCAGCAUUCCUGCAAGUAUUGAACAAUUGAAGACAUCGCUAGGCAACAUUCCCAAGUCAAUUGGGAACUGCUCCACUGAUGACCUAGCAACCUGUUGA